GCAUACUUUAUUGCCAGAAAUAUCACUACCGGAGUGAUUUCAUUUUAAAGGAACUUCAUUCUCAGAGAAUUUUAUAUCUCAAGAUGAGAAGUUAUAAGAUUGUUUAAGAGCUGGAGCUGAAUCUAAUAUUCAAUAAUGGCAACAGGUGACUUAAAAAGAAGCUUGCGGAAACUAGAACAAGUGCUUCGUUUGCUAAAUUACCCUAAUGAUGUGGAUUAUGUUGGUUUGAUGAAGGGGGACACAGCAGCAUCUUUGCCCAUCAUUAGCUAUUCUCUUACCUCAUACUCCCCUUAUAUAUCAGAGCUUCUGAUGGAAUCCAAUAUAGAGCUCAUAGCAAAGAAUGACGUACGCUUCACAGAUACCGUCUAUAAGCUUCUUCGGGAUCAAUUUGAUUAUAAACCAAUCUUGACAAAAAAGCAGUUUAUACAGUCUGGAUUUGCAGAAUGGAAAAUCCAAAUUGCCUGUGACAUAUUGAAUUGUGUGAUGAAAAAGCACAAAGAAUUGAUUGGCUCUGACAAGACUCCAUCAUGCCAAAGAAAGAAGAGCAUCUCUGAAAAGCCAGAACCUUGGAGCAGUGAGAACCCCCCUGCACAGGCCAUUGGCAUUGACAUCAGUGGCAGGGUUAUGACCUCAGGAAAGAAGAAAGCUGUAGUGAUCCGUCACCUGUACACCGAAGAUAAUGUUGACAUUCCCGAAGGGACAGUGUGUUCAACAGAAGUGAGUGAAGGGUGUGAUGAUUCAAAAGGGAAGAGCUCUGAAGUGCUGAUUGCUGAUGAGCAGGCCUCUGAAGUCAAGGCUGAGCUAAAAGAUAUAUGUGAUAAUCCUGAGAUUAUUGCACUUCAGAUUGCGCUUGCUGAAUGCCAAGAAAAGCUUAAGAAGCUGACUUGGGUAGAGAAAAGGCUUGAGUGUCUGGAAGCUACAACAAAAGGGAAAGUGAUGGUGGAUGAGAAGGCCUGGAAUAAUCUCCUAAGUCGAGUCACUCUUCUUGAAACAGAGAUGCUUUUGUCUAAAAAGAAUGAAUGUGUUGAUCUUAAUGCAGCAAGUGAAGACUAUGACUCUGUUAGUGGCACGGAUAUUAUAACCUUUGAUAAAAAAUACAGUGUUGGGGCACCAGCUAGUACAUACCGCUCGUCUGGCUAUAGUACAGUAUCACCAGAAUCAACGUCCACGGGCUCUACUAUUCAUUACUGUGGUUUGAAAGAUUUUUCAGAGGAAACAACAAUCCAGAAAAUGGAAAGGAUGAAAAAAAUGUUUGAAGAGACUGCAGAGCUACUGAAAUGCUCGAGUCACUAACUGUAGAGUUUUUUACAUGGACAUCUCUAGGACUUUGGCUACUUAUAUAUGCUAUAUUUAAGAACUCCUUGUAUAAUUUUAAUAUACUGUAAUAUUUUAUUAAGAAUUUGAAUUCUAUUUGGUAUGUGAGUUUUUUUCACUCCCAAAUAAAUACUUUUAAUAUCGUAA